AUGAAGUUUAGUUGUUAUUUUAUUCUGAUAUUUCAAACAAUUGUCACUAUAAGGACGUUCACCAAUGCCAUACAACCGUUAAACGAACCAGGUAAAGACUAUUAUGACCAAUAUGGAAUCAGAGACAACGGGAUUUUCAAUCAAAGGCAGGAAGAAAAAACGCACCCAAAAGAUGCCGAACUCGCCCAGAAAAAAGCUGAGGUCAUUCAAAGAGCUAAAGCAUACGAGAAGCAAUUUGAUGAACUUUUGUCUAGAAUGGUCCUAGAACCAGAAAAUACACAAAGAUAUCGAAGGGACCCUGUCUUAAAUAUGAUCAGAAGGAGACAUAAACUAACAAGGAGAAAGAAAGAUUCCAGCGUCUCAACGGAUACAGUAAGCUCGAGUUCCAGUUUGGAAAUUCCUAAAUGGAAGGAAGAGUGGAAGGAGCAUUGGCUGCAUAAAAAGUUGGACGCUAUCAACCAUUCCUUGCCCAAAGGAGAUAUCGUCAAUAUGGUAGCAGCAAGACCAUGGGGUGUUCCUUGUGGAGAUCCCAAUCAGUUUGACUUACCUUGGGGAUCCUGUAUGCUACCCAUGGAAUGUGAGGCUGAAUACAGAAUCUACCGCGGUGACUACUUUUGCGGCCGUACCAAGUUUAUCUGUUGCGCUCUGCAAAUAACAAACUAUGAUCUAUAUGGAGGCUUUGAUGUAUCCUUCGCUGACUCCAGCUUAGCAACAGACUCAGAAGAGAAGAGAAAUAAAGACAGAGGUUCCAAAGAAAGGAAAAGAAGGAAGCGGAUAGGUGAAAGGAAGAAAAGAUUGAGGCAAAGGAUGAAACGUAAAAGAAGAAUUAAGAGAACAAUAAGAAGAAUCAUACGAGAAAUUAGAAAGAUUCUAAACAGAUCAUUCAGAAAUGGAACAACAGCGAGAAAGAGGAAGACAAAACAAUUAAAGAAAUUCAUAAAAGAUAUGAAGAAACAAUAUAUAAAGGAAAGGAAAGCUGUUAAAGAUAUACACGAGAUGGAAUUGAUAAAGAUAGACGCCGCCUUACAGAAGCGUCUGACCGAGAUAAGAGGUGUCAAUCAGGAGUUUAUCAAAAACUCUACAUUCAGAGAUAUAGUAGUAAAUGGUACAAUAAAUAAACAAAACGCAAGGAUUUUAAUGGAUGCCUAUCCGGAAUUGAAGGAAUUCCUUCAAACUAGACGCAAGGGAGUGGGGGAAAACCCUCGAGACCAUCUCGACUAUGACAUCGAAUAUGGUUACCUGUAUUAUUAA